AUGGAGGCGAAUAGUGCAUUGUCAAGCUACGAUAUUCUGCCCCAAAUUUUCUGUCAUCUAUCACCCACGAAGGGCAGGUCCGAAUUUGCUGAUUCGGUAACUCUGGCGAGCUGCGCUCGAGUGAGCAAAGCAUUUUCGGACAAUGCGCUUGACGUCCUUUGGGAGGACUUAGAUCAUUUGUACCCUCUUCUCCAACUCUUCUCAUCGUUCGUACCAGGCGAUGAUUCCCCUCCAGAUUCCCUCGACGAUGGCGACGAGCCAGAACGAAAUUCAGACUCCCUAGUCGGAGACAUUACUCCAGAAGAGUGGGCGCGAUUCCGACAGUAUGCUCGGCGUGUACGCACUCUCAACUACAGCGGAGGAUCAUCACAAGCUGUGCAUGACAUAACAAGCUACCACCGUACUCAUUUUGGCGACCAGGCCCUCCUUCCAUCGUUGCACGAAUUCUAUUGGCAAGCUUCGUAUGCUCUGGACAUGAACGUACAGUUCUUGUUUUCACAGUCGCUUCGUCUUGUGUCUAUUGUCUUUCUCAAUACUUGCAAAUUGAGAGACCGAGAUAUCAAGUUGCAAGAGAUUAUCGAUAGGUUGUCGCAGCGGGCCCCUCUGCUUCAGGAGUUCCGCAUUCGGGACCUUGCGCGUCCAAUAGCGCUGACACCAUUGGUAACCCGGUGCAGUCAUUUACGCAACCUAGCUGUCAUUGGUCCACCCCAAAUGCUCCAUUGCCAGUUUCUCGAAGCAGUGUCCGCACUCGAGUCGUUGGAAGAGCUCUGGAUUCGCUGUGAUAUGAUGCAACGGGUUUCUCCCACUCCUGUAGCACUCUCCACCUUGUCGUAUCUGCGACUUGAAGGGAAGCUAGGCAACAUUGUGGCGUUCUUGGGAGCUCUUGUCGCUCCGAACAUCCGUACCCUCAAGCUUACGAACCACGAGCACACGAGUAGCUUCAAUGAUCAUGUUCAGCUCAUGACGAUGGUGCACAAGGUGUGCAGCGCGUCACUACGUCGUAUAUCCUACCACAGCUAUUAUUCACAACCCGCAUUGGACGGCUCCCACACCUUGCUGCAUCUCUUCCGACCUCUUCUGCAAAUUCAUGAUCUUCAAGAUGUAGCUCUCAUGUUUCGCGAUGGAACGUUGGGAUUGUCCGAUCGGGAUGUUUAUGAUAUAGCGUCUGCCUGGCAGGAACUUCAGUGCCUUACCUUAAGAACAUCCGAAAGCAGAUUGGGGCCUCAUAUUCCCGUAGGCAGUCUUCUUCCAACGUUGGGUGCACUCGCCUGCUUUGCACGUUUCUGUCCACAGUUGGUGCAACUCGAACUGCCUUUCAUUGCCGAUCUUACGCCCUCAUCCAACGACGAAAUACGCGGGGUUGUGUCCCAUUCCCUACGCAAGCUGGAUAUCUUCUGCAUAUGUGAUCCAGGAAUAAAGGAUCCUUCUCAAGUAGCCCAAUUCAUCGAUUCCACAUUCCCCAACCUCGACCUUCCCAGGUCAUUUCAAAUGAUCGCCAGUUCCUAUCGCAGGGUAGGGGAGUUCGAAUCCGACGCUCGUCAAUCUUUCACGAAGCACAAGGACUGGGAUGCAGUAGCUCUGUUACUUCAGGAGCUUCAAUCUGCCCGAGAGCAGUGA